GGCACUGAGGGAGUCCUAGCAAGCGGGACGUUUGCCUGGUGGAUUUGGGAUUCUACCUUCAGUGCUGAGCAACCACUUCUUGCCAUUGCCUACCACAACUCCAGCCCUCUGAGAUGGCCGGGCUUUUAUGGCUCCAAGUUUUCUGAGCACACAACCCGCCCUCCUCUAUUAGGGCAUUUUAUGUUGUGUUCUCAUCUAUGCACUUCCUUUUUGCUGUCCUUAGAGGUUAGUGUAUGAGGCUUUUUAAUGCAUGGGAGAUGGGUCAGGACCAGACAAAGCAACAGAUAGAGAAAGGACUCCAUCUUUACCAGUCUAAUCAGACCGAAAAGGCCCUGCGAGUCUGGAGGAGGGUUUUGGAGAAGUCUGCGGAUCCUGCUGGCAGGUUUCGGGUUUUGGGUUGCCUCAUCACUGCUCAUGCAGAGAUGGGCAGAUACAAAGAUAUGCUGAAGUUUGCAGUGGUACAGAUUGACACAGCACGGGAGCUGGAGGACCCAGAUUACCUUACAGAGAGCUACCUAAACCUGGCUCGCAGCAAUGAGAAACUCUGUGAAUUCCAGAAAACAAUCUCUUACUGUAAGACGUGCCUGAACAUGCAGGGUACCACGGUGAGCCUGCAGCUGAACGGCCAGGUGAGCCUCAGCAUGGGCAAUGCCUUCUUGGGCCUCAGCAUUUUCCAGAAGGCUUUGGAGUGCUUUGAGAAAGCCUUACGCUACGCACACAACAACGAUGACAAGAUGCUGGAGUGUCGAGUCUGCUGCAGCCUCGGGAACUUCUACGCCCAGAUAAAGGACUACGAGAAAGCCUUGUUCUUCCCAUGUAAAGCAGCUGAGCUGGUGAAUGAUUAUGGAAAGGGCUGGAGCUUGAAGUACCGUGCAAUGAGCCAGUAUCACAUGGCGGUGGCCUAUCGGAAGCUGGGGCGCUUGGCAGAUGCUAUGGACUGCUGUGAGGAGUCCAUGAAGAUUGCCCUGCAGCACGGUGACCGGCCUCUGCAGGCGCUGUGCCUGCUGUGCUUUGCAGAUAUUCACCGCAGUCGCAAAGACGUGCAGACAGCCUUUCCUCGGUACGAUUCCUCCAUGAGCAUCAUGACAGAGAUUGGCAACCGCCUGGGCCUGACCCAGGUGCUGCUAGGUGUGACUAAGUGCUGGAUGAUCCAGAAGGAGCUGGACAAGGCUCUGGAAAGCAUUGAAAAGGCACAGGAGCUGGCAGAGGGACUAGGGAACAAGCUUGGCCUGCUGAAGCUCCACUGCCUGUGUGAAAGGAUCUAUCGCACAAAGGGGCAGCAGCGAGAAUUGCGUGACCAUGUAGUGAAGUUCCAUGAGUGCGUGGAGGAGAUGGAGCUGUACUGUGGCAUGUGUGGAGAGUCCAUUGGGGAGAAGAACAACCAGCUCCAGGCGCUGCCUUGCUCCCACUUCUUCCACUUAAAGUGCCUCCAGACCAACGGGACCCGGGGCUGCCCCAACUGCCGCCGGUUGUCGGUGAAGCCCGGCUACGUCUGACCCGCCGCUCCCGGGGCCCCUCAGCCUGGGCCUGGCGAGGAGAGAGGGACACACAUCCGCGGCCCCUCUCUCUCUCUCCCUCCCUCCCUCCCUCCUCCCUCCUCUGU